GUUGGGCUUUUUAGGAAUGGAAAAAGUUCGAGUUAACGUUAUUCUUGUUUGGUUUUUAGCUGUUUAUACUUGCUACGCAUUUGGAACAGCGCCAUUGAGGUUGCUAUACAAAACAUCCACUCCGUCAUUAGUGCAAGGUAUUUUACAGAUCUAUUACAAUGGUACAUGGGGAACAAUAUGUUUUUACUACUGGGGCAUGAAAGAAACAAACAUCGCUUGUAAACAGCUUGGGUACGUGAGUGCAGCGAAGUCCAAGUACUUAGGACGAGGAUCUCAGGCUGGUCCAAUUUGGCUUGAUGGUGUAGAUUGUAAUGGUGAUGAAUCAUCCCUGGAUCAGUGCCAACACCGAGGAUGGGGUAAACAUAACUGCUUACACAGAGGGAAAGUUGGUGUUGUGUGCUAUGCAGGAACAGCGCCAUUGAGGUUACGGAGUAAAACAUUCUCUCCGUCAUUAGUUCAAGGUGUUUUACAGAUCUAUCACAAUGGUCAAUGGGGAACAAUAUGUAAUCGCACAUGGAAAAUGCCUCAUACAAGCGUGGCAUGUAAACAACUUGGAUUUAAAGAUGCAAAGAGCUUUAAGUACUUAGGACAAGGAUCUGGUCCAAUUUGGCUUGAUAAUGUAAAUUGUAACGGUAAAGAAUCGUCCCUACACCAGUGCCAACACCGAGGAUGGGGUGUUCAUGGCUGCAAUCAUAGUCAUGAUGUUGGUAUCGUGUGUAAUACAGGAACAGCGCCGCCAUUGAGGUUGCUACGUAAAACAUCUUCACAGUCAUUAGUCCAAGGUGUUCUACAGAUUUAUUACAAUGGAAAGUGGGGAACAAUAUGUGAUGAUAGGUGGGAGUCAACUGAAACAAAUGUAGCUUGUAAACAGCUUGGAUAUGAGAGAGCAGUCAGGUCUAGGCACUUAGGACAAGGACCUGAUCCAAUUUGGCUUGGUGGAAGUGUAGAUUGUAACGGCGGUGAAUCGUCAUUAAAUCAGUGCGAUCACUUAGGAUGGGGUAAACAAUACUGCAAUCACAGCCAGGAUGUUGGUAUCGUGUGCUAUACAGGUCCUCCUGUCAAAGUUCGACUGAUUGGUGAUGUGCCUAAUGCUGGUCGAGUUCAAUUGUUGUACAAAGGUGUCUGGAAAAACCUCUGCGGCUCGAGUUGGGAUUCAUCAGCUGCUAAAGUCAUUUGCCGAAUGGCUGGUUAUCCUGAUGGUCAUGCUGUAAGAAUGCGUUACUAUAAAGGAUCUGGAGAUGUUUGGCUGUCCAGCUAUAGCUGCAAUGGUUUUGAACCCUAUAUUGAAUCAUGCUUGAACCUUAACUGGAGAAAAGCGACUUGUCCAGAUAACAACCUAGCUGGAGUUGUUUGUAAAUCAGGAUCACCGAAUGUUGCAUAUCGACUUGUUGAUGGACCAGUUCCUCAUGCAGGAAGACUGGAAAUGCGCUACUAUGGUUCAUGGAGACCAGUUUACCUUGAAAAUGGUCCGCGGCUGAAUGAUGCUCACGUAAUAUGUCGUAUGAUGGGGUACAAUCAAGCUAUUAUUGCCUUCAUAAACAUCCAAGAAAGGAGAAGCUAUGAUGUUGACAUGCGCUGUCGUGGUUUUGAGAAUACAACGGAAGAGUGUGGAGCUGACGUCAGCUCUUCAAGUUUUCGGGAAGAAGGAACUAUCUGGAUAGUUUGCAAACCACAUACAGGAUCUAGACUUGCUGUUCGUUUGAUGGACGGCGUCUCUCUGAACGAAGGCCGUGUGGAAAUUGGCUCUGCAGGGGUCUGGGGAACAGUUAUGAACAUGAAUAUACCUUGGAGACGCUUCCGGCGAUGGAGCUUGACAGCUGCUAAAAUAGUUUGUCGUAUGUUGAGAUACCGCAGUGCAUCAUGGACUGGACGAGCUAAUGUGUCUGGAAAUGGUUUAACGACAUCUUACUAUUGCAAAGGCUACGAAAGAUCACUCGACCACUGUGAAUAUUAUUUCGACUAUCAUGAUUACUUCUUCCGGAAAUACUAUGAUGUACAUUUAAUACGUGACCGUGCAGUUCGGUGUUCUAGUCAUCAAGAACGCGUGACAUUACAGAUACGACUAGAAAACGACACCACGUCCCAUUCUGGUCGAGUUGGUGUUCGCUAUGGUAAUUCAUGGAGUACUCUAUGUUACGAGGGACUUGACUACCCCGAUGUGAAAGUGAUAUGUCGAAUGCUUGGAUAUGUGAACGUUGUUGAUGUUUACGCUGUUUGGAUACCAAGCUCUGCUAAUGGUCGUGUCUGGCUUAGUGGUGUUGAGUGUAAUGGAACUGAAGCUUCAAUACUGAAUUGCAGUCGCACAGGAUGGUGGCAGACGACUUGUGACUUUGACGCUGUGAUCACAUGCAAGACACAAGGUAAAACAGCUGUUGAAAUCCGUCUGGAAACCGGUACCGCACCUCAUUCUGGUCUAGUUGGUAUUCGCUAUGCUAAGACAUGGGGCACUCUAUGUAACAAAGGACUGGGUACGAACGAUGGUAAAGUCAUAUGUCGCAUGCUUGGCUAUGAUGGAGUAAGUCACAUGUUCACGAUUCCUGGAAAUGGUACUAUUUGGCUCAGUGACCUUGAAUGCAACGGAGAAGAAGAUUCAAUUGUUGACUGUAGACAUUCAGGUUGGUGGCAGACAAGCAAUUGUACACAUGACCAGGACGCUUCCGUCACGUGCAAGUUAGCGGAUGCUCCUCACUUUCAAAUCAGCUCAAGUAACGACAUCACAGAUUCUGCAGUGAUUCUAAACCUCGCCAAAGCUGCUACGCCAUUGGACGAACGAUUGAAAAGCACAUAUCAAUUUGUAGUGGAAAAGGGUCUAGAGAUACCAUCACCUACAACUUCUUGCACCAAUGCUUCCUUGGAGACAUGUUCUACCAUCACCAAGACAGUGUUUAAUGAUUCCUACAUCGCUGCAGAGGUUCCAGCCAGUCCAAAUGAUGCUAGUAGUUUCACUAUCGGUGAUAGUCUCUAUUACCAUGGUUAUCAUAAUGUACCAUUAGAACCCGGAUGUGUGUACAGGGUUCACGUGAGGAUCGUUACCAUAGCAAUGGAUGGGAAAAAGAUUUUUGGAAAAUCAAGCUUUGUGAGGUUUGCAACAACUUCAUUUUCAGCGGAAAAUCCUCCAGAAUUUCAAAUAAGCGACAGCAGAUCCAUCCAACAGAAAUCCGCAAAAAUCACCUUUCUUCGCAAAAAGCAGAGGAAGCCAAUAUCUCAUAACCGUUGGUAUCAUGUUACCGUCGAUAAGACAGACGAAGAAGUCUUCACGUCCAAAGACAUGCGAGUGAACCAUUCUUACAUCGCUGCUGAGAUACCAACUACCAGUUCUACGUUCACCAUUGGUGAUGGUCUGAAUUACCAUGGUUACAAUAACACACCAUUAGAACCCGGAUGUAACUAUAGAGUUUACGUGAGAGUCGUCGCAAAGAUAUCGAAUGAGAAAAGGGUUAUCAGCGACGCGCCAUUCGUAUCUUUUACAACGAAACCUGGUGUGCAAGGCCAUACACAAGGGCAUUCUGAUAAGAAUUCCAUUGAUCCAUUGGUGAUUGGUUUAGCCGUCCUUUUGGUGAUGUCCAUCGUCGCUCUGAUUGGUCAAAUUGUGUAUCAUGUGGUGACGAAGAGGAGAAAGAAAGAAAGGAAAACCGAUGACAAUCCCCAGAUCGAGAUCUCAGAUUUAGCGGGMGCACGCGACAAUACAGGAGAAACCUCUGACCAGCAACAAGAUUAUCCACCACAGCACAGAAAAACAAAUGCAGUCCGCAUGGCUGGUAAUGAUUCCAAUUACCAGUCUCUCGUUCCACAGAAAAGAUCCCAGCAACGUGUAGGUUUUGGUGAAGAAUCGGCCUACCAUAUCUCUAAUGUCGUCGUUAGACCGGGCAAACUCACUUCUUCCAUGGCCCACAUGGAAGAGCCGAUAUAUGAAAAUACCAAGAGUCUGAAUCCGAUGGGUCAUCACAGAGUCAUCAAGCAAUUGCAAUAACGACAAAUAAAAAAGAAGAUUCUCUAACUAAAUAUUCUCCAAAAAACUGAAACCUCAUCACCCGGACACCAAAGUGACAAUCGGACACGAACACAAGUGCAAUCACCUYCAUKUUGAAGUAUCAAAACUAAGUWUCCWKCAGUAGAGGUUUUCAUAACCUUGAUUUUUCCCAAAGCGAUUCGAUAGUCUUUUUACCAAUAGUAAAAUAUGUCCACCAUCUUGAAUUGUAUUGUUUUAAGUAUUGAUUUAGGAAGAUACUAUGGAAUGAUCAGGGAACUCUAAGCUAAUAAUUCAUA